AUACCGCAAUACUGAAACUGAGCUAGUGAAUAUUCGUCCAUGACAGUCCCCUUUUAAAUUGCUCUCUCAUCCUGUCUUCGUCUCGUUCCAAGAGGCUGGUUUUGGGGCUUUGAAGAGACGAGAGCUGCAAAUGUGACUUGCAUGUCGGCACAAGGCCACGCCUCCAUCAUGGUUCCGGUUCUGCAGAAGAACAUUUCAGCCACCUCAGUAAUGCUUGACCGAGCAGAGACUCUCCUCCAUGAUCACUAUGCUGGGAAGGAUUACUGGGAUAGCCGCCGCAGUAUGGUGUUUGCCAAGCACCUCCGCCUCAUCGGAGACGACUUCAGAGCAAAGUACCUCAACUCCACAGACCAUGGCGACCAGACUGUUUACAACGAAGACUGGACUCGCAUGAAGGCUAAGCUGGGAACUGCCAAAGGCGGCCCCUAUCUCGGAGUCCACUUGCGGCGAAAGGAUUUCAUAUGGGGCCACAGAGAGGACGUACCCAGCCUGAAGGGGGCAGUCAAGAACAUCCGAAGCCUUAUGAAGAAGCACAAGUUGGACAAAGUGUUUGUGGCGACAGACGCAGAUGAGGAAGAAGUGAAGGAGAUGAAGAGGUGGUUGCCGGAGAUGGUGAGAUUUGAAGCAUCCAAGGAGGAUCUGGAGCUCUUUAAAGAUGGAGGAGUGGCCAUCAUUGAUCAGUGGAUUUGUGCCCAUGCAAGAUUCUUCGUGGGAACAUCCGUGUCCACGUUCUCCUUCCGUAUCCACGAAGAGCGAGAAAUCCUUGGUUUUAAUCCCAAAGCCACGUACAAUCGUUUGUGCGGGGACGCAGAGAAGGAGUGCGAGCAGCCCACUCACUGGAAGAUAGUUUACUGACGUCACUUUGCAUUCUCUUCAUACACACAAGUGCCAACAACAGUGUUACUCUAAGGUAUGCCACUACAACUCUUCAUAGUUACAAGGUGGGCACCUUUCACAGGUGUUAGGAGUCGGGUGCCAAAACCUGUAAUGACUUCUUUUUUAAAGUCACCAAACACAGUACAUAGCCCCACAUUGUAGGCCCCCAUACACAGACUCCUUAUAAGGGAACUGCUGCACCUUUCUUACAAUGUUGUCUAUCAUUCACAAUAAUGAUAGAAGACCAGCACACAUGCUUUUCUUUUUUGAUGCAUUCUAACUCCUAAAUAAAGGCUACCAAGAGUCAACUAACAAUAGAGCCAAUGAGUGUCGCCCUUUUCCGCCUCUAGAAACAUCCAUCAAUGUUUUAUAUACACGCUGUAAUUACAUAUGUCAUGUAGUAACAUUCAUAAUAAUAUGUAAUAUAUACAUGAUGUAAGUAUAUAUGUCAUGUAGUAACAUUCAUAAUAAUAUGUAAUAUAUACAUGAUGUAAGUAUAUAUGUCAUGUAGUAACAUUCAUAAUAACAUGUAAUAUAUACAUGAUGUAAGUAUAUAUGUAAUGUAGUAACAUUCAUAAUAACAUGUCGUAUAUACAUGAUGUAAGUAUAUAUGUCAUGUAGUAA